AUGGAUAAUAAAAAAGCGACGAAAACGAGAGGAAAGAGCGUUCCUCGCGCAAAGCAGGAGGAGGAACAAGAACCCGCGGAAGAAGAAGAAUCGAAUCCAAAGAAAGGGAGAAACACGAAAUGGUUGCGUCGGGCGUUUAAGACGUACCGGGAUAUCUCUCAAGACGGUUUCGUGCAACAAAUCCCAACCGCGGAGGAUUUGACCAGUGGCGUGGAGAAAUCGCUGAAUAAGAGAAAUCUGUCGUUGCCGGAUUUACCGGACGCGGAGGACGUGAAAGAGUUGAUUUCGAGAGACCCGAAAGAGUUCAUUCCGGAACUUCCAGAGUUUGAACUUCCACGGCUGGAGAAUGUCGUCGAGGACGCGAAACCGUUCUUGGCGAGUUUAGCGGAUGGGAUUAAGAAGUCGUUCGCGAAGCGAAACAUCGACGUUCCAAAAGUACCGACGAGCGUGGAAGAGGUGAGAGAGACGGUCGCGGAGAAGACGAAGUCGGUGAAAGUGCCGGAAGUGCCCGAUGCGGGCAAAUUGGCGAGAGGUGUGAAAAAGUCCAUCGCAAAGAGGAAAGGCGGGGCGUACGAAAGCGCGGACGAAGGCGCGAAGGAGGCUGAAAUUAAAGCCGCGCUGAAGAAAGCGGAAGAUGUCAAGGCGAAGUUUAAGAAGAUGGAAGAGGAGGUGGCGAAAGCGAAGCGAGAGAAGAUUGAGGCGGAACAAAGAGCGGCGGCGGAAGCGAUGGAGGCGGAAAUUGCGAAGAAAAAAGCGGAGGCGGAAGCUGCCGAACAAGCUGAGAGAGAUGCGGAGGAGGCGAGAAUUCGAGCGGCUGAGGAAGAAGAAAAAGCGAGAAUCGAAGCUGAAAUGAAAGCGCAAGAAGAGGAGGAGGCGAGAAUUCGAGCGGCGGAAGAGGAAGAACGAGCAAGAAUCGAAGCUGAAAUGAAAGCCAAGGAAGAGGAAGAGGCGAGAAUAAAAGCGGCGGAGGAAGAAGAAAGAGCGAGAAUCGAAGCUGAAAUGAAAGCGCAAGAAGAGGAAGAGGCGAGAAUAAAAGCGGCGGAAGAAGAAGAAAGAGCGAGAAUCGAAGCUGAAAUGAAAGCCAAGGAAGAGGAAGAGGCGAGAAUAAAAGCGGCGGAGGAAGAAGAAAGAGCGAGAAUCGAAGCUGAAAUGAAAGCGCAAGAAGAGGAAGAGGCGAGAAUAAAAGCGGCGGAAGAAGAAGAACGAGCAAGAAUCGAAGCUGAAAUGAAAGCCAAGGAAGAGGAAGAGGCGAGAAUAAAAGCGGCGGAAGAAGAAAAAGCGAGAAUUGAGGCCGAGCAGAAAGCUAUUGCUGCGGCGGAAGCCAACCGUGCCGCUGAAGCGAAAGCAGCUGCCGAAGCGAAGGCGAAAGCAGAAGAAGAAGAAAGGAAGGCUGAAGAGGAAAAGAAGGCCGCAGAAAUAGCUAUGUUGCAAAAGAAAGCAGAAGAAGAGGCGGCGGCGGUAAAGAUGGCGGAAGCGGCGCGCAUCGCCGAGGAAGAGAAGAAGAAAGAAGCAGAGGAGCAAGAAGCUGUUAAGCAAGAAGAGAUUGCAGAAAUCGCGGCGGAAACGGUGAAACUUGAAAAAGCGCGGGCGGAGAAAGCUGCGGCAAAAAUUGCCAUGGCGGGUCACUUUGCGCGCAUGAAAAAGAACGAAAACGAAAAAGCAGCUAAAGCUGGCGCCGUUGCCGAAAUGCGGGUAUACGAUUACACGGAAGUCGCUGCGGAAGAAGCUCCAGAGAUGAAGGAAGAAAGUUUUGAGAGCAGGCCCCCCACUCCACCACCGCAAACUCCACCCAGCGGAAACUCGAAGCAAGAAGCCCCUCCAAAAGCUCCUGAAGUAGAAACAAAAGUCUACGAAGAGACGUUGCCAAAUUCAGAUAACAUCCAACUUUCUAAGUGCGUGACGACGCAAAGACUGAAGUUUGAAGUCGAAUACGCUUUGAAGAGAGGCACGAGUGAUAACGUGUACUCCAUCGAAGGGACUGAGAAAACUGCUUUGAUUGAUGUUCCGGAUAAAGCGUUCGCUGAGAACUUGUUCGGCGAGAACAAGCACUCCUCCUCAGAUUUCUUGAUUUUGCAGCACAUUUCGCCGAAGCGUUUAGACUCGAUUUCUGCGCUGUUAGAAAACCGGUCGGAUGUCCUUCCGCCGAUUGAGAUUGUCGUCACGAACCCAGGCGCGAGAGUCAUCUACGAUGCGUUGAAACCGCCUGAUGGGGUCACUCCGGGGAGUAACGAACGUUUAAUCGCCGCGUGGAAACGACCGUCAGAGCUGAGCGGGAAACCAAAGUUGCGCGCGCGCUUGCGCAUCAUUCGUGGGAACGAAGAAAAGUUAGAUUUGGGUGGAGGAAGAACGUUGACGUUCAUGCCAUGCUCUACGCCGAGAUGGCCGGAUGUGUUUUGCACGCGAGACUCGAAAUCUGGGAUUGUCUUUACCUCAAAAUUUUACUCCGCGCACGUUGCCAACGAGCAAACUGACGAGAAUAACAGCCACGUGGAGAUGUACGACUCAGGAGGUUUAGAUUCCUUCCAAGAAGACUGGCGAUACUUUUACGAUUGCAUGCUGGCGCCGAUGGCGACGCAAGUCAAUAGCGCGCUCUUCAAGCUCAAGGCUUUGGCGUACAACUCGCCGUAUAAACAACCGCGUUUGGCGCCGUGCCACGGUCCAGUACUUUUGAACUCGUCUCCAGAACUUAUCCGUGAAUACGACGAGUGGACGGAUAAACAGUUGAAGCAAAUAAACGACGUCUCCGUGGCGGUCAUUUACGCGAGCGCGUACGGGAACACCUCCGCGAUGGCGCAAGCCAUCGCGAGAGGCAUCACCAAAGCCGGCGUCGGGGUGGAAAUGGUCAACUGUGAACUCACCAGUGCGGAUGAAAUUCAAGAGUUGGCUAAAACUGUGGGCGGUUUCUGUCUCGGUUCACCAACUUUAGGCGGUCACGUUCCAACUCCAGUCACGGACGCCAUGGGUCAAAUCGUCAAAUCCUACGACACGGAUAAACCAGCAGGAGUCUUUGGCUCCUUCGGUUGGUCCGGUGAAGCCGUCGAUAUCAUGGAAACCCGCUUGAAAAACGCCGGAUUUAACUUUGCGUUUGAUGCCAUUCGAUGUAAGUUCAAACCGACGGAGGAAACCUUACAACUCUGCGAAGAAUCCGGCACGGACUUGGCGCAACUCGUCUUGAAGAAAUCCAAGCAAGCGAAGAAAGCGGAAUCGAAAAGAGUUCAAUCGGAAACCUUUUCCGGAGUGACGGAAACUGAAGCCGCAGUUGGUCGAAUCGUCGGAUCUUUAUGCGCCGUCACCGCCAAAAGCGGCGACGCGCAGUCCGCCAUGCUCGCUUCCUGGGUCUCCCAAGCUUCGUUCAACCCUCCCGCGCUCACCGUCGCCGUCGCCAAAGACCGCGCGGUGGAAUCCUUCAUGCUCCCAGGCGGCACCUUCAACCUGAACAUCCUCAAACUCGGCAACGAAAAAGAAACCAUGAAAGCUUUGUUAAAAGGUUUCGCCCCGGGAGAGGAUCGUUUUGGCGACAUGAAAGUUUCCUACAGCGAAAACAACGAGUGCGCCAUCGUUACCGACGCUUUAGCCUAUUGCGAGUGCUCCGUGAAGAGCCGCAUGGAAUGCGGCGACCACUGGGUGGUCUUAGCCGAAGUCACCGGCGGUAAGCUGUUGGACGAGGAAGGAAAAUCCGCCAUGCACCACAGAAAAACCGGGAAGAGUUACUAA